UUCCUGCAUACGAAUGUCUCUUGUUUCAGAUUUCAAGGAAGGGUGAGGAGGGUUCGUUCCUGAUCGUUUGUCCUCACCAUUCUGUCGUUAUAACAUCGUCACCUCUCCCCUCCUCAUUAGUUCUUGAGCUUCUUGAGAGCUUCAGCAGCAGCAGUGGUAGUCCGGUCAUCGAAAACCUAAACCGAAGCCUGGCGCUCAGUGUGAUUCUCUUUUUACAGUUCCUUUAGUAUUCCUGUAACUUUCAUUGACCUGGCGUCACCUAUUUCAACUUCUUACUACCUUUCCCGGGAAUUCUCCAGCCCAGAACUUCGAUUCUACCCAUACCGCCACAAGAAAAACACAAGAGAAAAUGGCUCUCAAGAGUCGCAUCUCGUCGCCACUGGAGGCCGGCACCUCCAUCCUCGACGUCCAGAACCUGCCGCCCCAUCUUAAUGAAGCUCUGGAAUACGCUUCCAAGCGACUCGCUAGGAAGUCUCUCCACGUCACCCUCGUCGUCGCUCGGCGCGAGUACCAGCUACCCACCCUCCUCCCGCCCUCAGCUUCUUCUUCCUCCUCUUCAGUUUACUCUUCGUCUUCGGUCAUGUCCUCGCCCACAAUGUCGCCGCUCGCCUCAGCCUCCAGCAGCUCCUCUUCCUCGUCCUCCCGCUUCAACUUCAAGAAGCUGGUCAGGUCAAACACGGGCUCCAGCAUCUCCUCCAUGUCCUCUAUCUCCUCCAUCUCCUCCAUCUCCUCGGCCGGCAGCGAUGCCACGGCCGCUGCCCCCGAGACUCUCGUCUUCACGCCCUCAUUCCUCAUGGACAUCAACGGCCCGAGGCUGCGCUGGCCCCUGUCGCCGGGCAUCCCCCUCUCGCCGCCGCCCAUGACGCCCUCCACCGCCUCAUCCACCAUCACCGACGCCUCGGGCCCCAUGUCGCCCAACCCUUUUGGCAUCCGCCUUGUCCACGCGGACCUGCUCACCGACAAGCAGGAGAGGACGCUGCGCCAAACCAUUGAGCGUGCCGAGAAGAAGUUCCGCAUCGGAACCGAGUGGCUUCCCCCCGUCGUCGAUGGCUCCGCAUGCGGCCUGACGAGCAACCUCAUCCGCCGCUCCAUCGUGCAGAACGAGGUCCUCUUCGCCUCCGAGGGCCUCACCCUCGUCUCCCUAGACCGCCUGUACACCUUCAAGGCCGCGCUCUCGAGCUACUCCCGCACCGGCGCCCCACUCCGCCUUGAAGACGCCGUCGACGAGCUCCGCAGACUUGUCCUCUCGCGCGCUGGCCGGAAAGUCUCCAAGUCAGACCUGCUCCGCUCCUAUGACUGGCUCAGCGUCACCGACGCCGCCCUUGCCGAGGUCGACAAGAUGUACCGCCGAGCCUAUGGCGGGCCCGACCGCGUCGGCGCUAUCGAAGGCGUCGGGUCCGCGGCGCAGGUGGAGAGAACCGUGAGGGAGCUCGAGAGGGAGCUCGACGAGACCUUGGCCGCCGCUGUCGACACCAUCCGCAUCGCCAAGCCGCCCUCGCCCAAGGGCCCCACGCUGAAGCUGCAGACAAACUUCGAUACCAAGCCCCAGCAGCCGCCGCGGGAGGUCCGGGGGGAGGACGUCUCCGAGGAUGACGAGGACCUUACGGCUCGGCCGGAGCGCCAGCCGCCCGUAUCAAUCUGGAGUCCCGUCUCCAUCGCUGAGGUCCUGCACGACGACAGGCAGCAAACGGGCCCGAUGACGCCCAACGGGUACGAUGACAUCUCUCCCAUCACCCGCGGCGAGUGGGGGUUCCUCAUGGGACCCAGCAAGGUCGGAGGCGGCCGGACUGCGCCGGUCAUGACUUGCUGAGCGUGCUUCUGUUUGGUUCUCGCAUUUUUAUCGUUUCUUCUUCUUUUCUUACUUUCUUUUCUUUCUUGGAAGACUUUGGGGACGGUUUGGUGAACAUUGUUCUGGGUGUAAGAUAGCCUUUUUCAUUUUCUUUUU